AUGGAAAACAAACAUGUACUCGGCUCAGCCGACGACCAAGCCUUGGCCCGACUGGGCAAGAAGCAGGUGCUGAAGAGACGUUUCGGCUUCGUGUCGAUCGUCGGCUUCGCGAUGGCCGAGCUAAUCACGUGGGAGACCGUUUUGACGCUGUUCUACCAGUCCUUUGAGAAUGGUGGUCCUGCUGGUGCCUUCUAUGGUUAUAUCAUCGCAUGCCUGUCGACCCUGUCGACAUAUACUGUUAUAUCCGAAUUGUGCUCCAUGGCUCCCAUCGCAGGUGGCCAGUAUUACUGGGUUUACAUGCUUGCCCCGCUGCGGUAUAAGAAAGCGUCUAGCUAUCUCAUCGGUUGGCUUACCUCCAUGGCAUGGAUCGCGACGAUCGCCACCGAGACUAUUUUUCUGGGCACGAUGAUCGAAGGUCUAAUCACGCUAAAUAACCCCGAUUUCCCGCAAAAACGUUGGCAAAAUACCCUGUUGGCCUGGGCGAGUGUGGCAGGUACCUUCUUCAUUAACGUCGUGGUGCCUGGAAUUCUUCCUAGAUUCAAUAUCUUAAUGCUGGUCUUGCACUUGGCGGGUUUCGUUGCCAUUCUGGCUACUCUGCUCGCCAUGUCGCCCAAACAAUCAUCGGAGUUUGUCUUCCAUACUUCCCUUAACGAGGGUGGUUGGCCCACACAAGGCCUGUCUUACUGCGUGGGCUUCAUCGGAAACAUCGCGACGUUCGUGGGCGCUGAUGCAAGUGUCCACAUGGCCGAGGAGGUCGCCAAUGCCGCAGUGGUAAUCCCCCGCGCAAUCAUUACGGGAAUGACUCUCAACAGUGCUCUCGGACUCGCCAUGAUGGUCACAAUCCUCUUCUGCAUCGGCAACGUGGAUCAUGUUCUGAACUCAGCCACAGGGUUCCCGUUCAUCCAGAUCUUCUACGACAGCACCCAGUCCUACACUGGCGCCUCCGUCAUGACAGCCCUCAUCAUAGUCUUGACAGGCGCCUGUUCCACCGGAAUCACCGCCACCUCAUCUCGUAUGACCUGGUCCUUUGCUCGCGACAAAGGUCUCCCCUUUUCCCACUACAUCAGCAAAGUGAACCAACGCACCCAAGUUCCCAUCGUAUCUGUCACCGUAGUCUGCGGAUUUGCCUGUGCCCUGACUCUCAUCUACAUCGGCUCCGACACGGCCUUUAACGACGUCAUCUCCCUGACCGUGACCGGAUUCUACGGCACUUAUUUCCUCCCAAGCGCGCUCCUUCUCUACCAUCGCAUCAAAGGCAACGUAUUGCCCCAUGGCACCAUGCUCGAUGGCUUCCCGGAUGCAGCCGCGAGCGCCAAUCCAAGUACUCAAGAGAAAUCUGCUGCCCCUUCGCGCCCCAAGGCCCCAGUCGUGAAGGACUCUCCCAAGCCAGGUCCUUUGUCUAGCCCAGAACGCGACAUUCCCGAGAAAACUACGGGUCAAGUGGAGUUUGAGGUUUCUCAGGCUCCUCUCAUUUGGGGUCCGUGGAAAGUACCUGGUAUCCUCGGUACCAUAAACAAUGCAUACGCUUGUGCGUACAUGCUAUUUGUUCUUUUCUGGAGUGUCUGGCCCUCUGAGACCCCAGUAGACUACACUACCAUGAACUACAGUAUUGUCGUGACUGGCGGUGUGCUCAUCCUGAGCGGAGUUUGGUAUUUCGCCCGGGCGCGGAAGGAAUACCAGGGCCCGCUAAUCGAUGAGGAUAUUGCUGCAAUCAUGCAUCUCACCCCAGGCGCUGUUCCAGGAUUGGUACCUGGAUCAUCCGCUGUCUGA